CAACAACAACAACAAAAACAAGAACAACACAAACAACUAAAGCAAAUACUCGCCUAAUUUCAUGUUUCACGCCACAACAACAACAACGACAACAAACUGUAGCAGCAAUAACUACAACAACAGCAGCAGCAGCAACAACAGCAGCAGCAACUAGCGAACAACAGCAACAACAACAGCAGCACAACAAUUCAAAGCAACUACUUUACUUUACAGCUAGCCAGAGCAACAACAACAAUUGCAGCUAUCACAACAACAACAACAACAAAGGCGAAGAAGACGGCAACCAGAAGGAGAUUGGCGAGGAUACAUUAGACACAUUAGCAACAACAGCAGCAAUCACAGCAACAACAGUGUUGACGGCAACAGCAAUUGCAACCGCAGCAACAACAACAACAACAACAACAACAACAACAACAUUGUCUACCCUAACACAGCCUGCUUGCUGCUCCAACAACAACAACAACACCUGCAACACCAAUACCAACACCUGCUCCUCCUGUGCCACAAAUGUGCUAACAAAAUUCAACAACUUUGUCCUGAAUCCAACACUAACAACAACAAGAGCAAUAACAACUAGAAACAAAUUAUCCACAUCAUCCACUGCAUCCGCAUCCGCAUCCACAUCGACAAAUUCAUCCAGCGAACGUUUAUGCAGUUGUUGCAGUGACCCAACAACAACAGCAACAACAGCAACAAUCGGCAGAACAUUACCCGAUUGGGAGUAUCAACAACAAUUGUUGCAGAAACAACAACACGCCGCUGUUGCAGCUGCCUCGGUGGUGUUGGCCAAACAUUUAGUACGUUCCGUGACAGCCACCAGCAUCAUGGAUAUGCCCUAUAACACCUCGCCGUCGUUACGCGUGCGCACCACCUCAUUGAAUCAGUUGAAGAAGACCGCCGAUUUGGCAAUCGAAAAUGAAUUGCAUGUGUGUCCAUCCGUAAUGUCGGAGGAAUUGCGUAAAUUGUUGCCCCCCACAUCGGAAACGGUGAUGACCAAGCCAUUUCCCAUACGGGGAGAGCGUACCAUUGCGGAUUGUACAACGCCGCAUGUGAUUGCAAUGGUUGGAUUGCCGGCAAGGGGUAAAACAUUUAUAUCGAAGAAGCUGGCACGUUAUCUCAAUUGGAUUGGGAUUGGGACACGUGUGUUCAAUUUGGGAGAGUAUCGGAGGCAUGCAACCACCGCCUACAAGUCGCAUGAAUUCUUUCGUGCCGACAAUGAGGAGGCAAUGGCCAUACGGAAUCGUUGUGCCAAUCAAGCGUUGCAUGAUUCAUGCGAAUGGCUAUUGAGUGGUCUUGGUAGCAUUGCGGUAUUCGAUGCCACCAACUCGACCCACGAUCGUCGCCAACUGAUCUAUGACAUUGUGGUUAAACAGCAUGGCUUUCGUUUGUUCUUUGUGGAAUCCAUAUGCGAUGAUCCACAGAUCAUUGAGCAGAACAUCCUUGAGGUUAAGGUCAGCUCACCCGAUUAUAUCAAUAUGAAUACGGAACUGGUUGUACGCGAUUUCCUGCAGCGUAUCGAGCACUAUGAGGAACGCUAUCAACCGAUCGAUGAGGUUGCCGAAUCCCAUUUAAGUUUCAUGAAGGUCUACAACGCUGGCAAAAAGGUCGUUGUCUACAACAACGAGGGACAUGUGGAAUCCCGCAUUGUCUACUACCUGAUGAACAUACACAUUACACCCCGAACCAUUUAUUUAACGCGUCACGGUGAAAGUGAGCACAAUCUAAGUGGUUUAAUUGGUGGUGAUUCGAAUUUGAGUUCACGGGGACAUCAAUACGCCCGAGCCUUGUCCUCGUUCAUUGCCCAGCAGCAGAUUGAUGGAUUGCGUGUGUGGACAUCGUGGAUGAAGCGGGCAAUUCAAACGGUUGCCGAUGUCAAGGCGCCACAGGAACGUUGGAAGGCAUUGAACGAGAUCGAUGCCGGGCACUGUGAGGAGAUGACCUACGAGCAGAUUAAGGAACGUUUCCCCGAGGAGUUUAAGGCACGGGAUGUCAACAAGUUUGCCUAUCGUUAUCCACGCGGUGAGAGCUAUGAGGAUCUUGUGGCACGUCUGGAACCAGUCAUUAUGGAACUGGAACGUCAGGGCAAUGUGCUUGUUGUCUCCCACCAGGCGGUAUUACGUUGCCUAUUCGCCUAUUUCCUGGACAAGUCGGCCGAUGAAUUACCCUAUCUAUAUGUACCACUGCACACGGUCAUCAAAUUAACUCCGGUCGCCUACGGCUGCAAAGUGGAGCACAUAAAGCUGCCCAUCGAUGCGGUGGAUACGCAUCGUCCAAAGCCAAAGAUACCGGGCGAUGUCAGUGAACCAGGACUCGAUGGUCUCAGCGGUGAGCUGGUGGCGCCCGAUGGCGUCGGCAAGGUGCUCAUUGUGGGCGAUGAUGUGGCAACGGCAACGUCUACAAAUGGCAAUGGCGGUCGUGCUGGUGCUGGUGCUGGUGCUAGUGCUGUUCCUGUCGACAUCCAAUGACGUUGUCUUUUACCUAACAAAGCCAUCAAAUCCAAGACCUUAUAAAAAAUGGCCCACCCUUCAACCCAUUCAACCCCCAAAAGUAUCACAAAAGUCCUCUAUGUAAACACACAUAUAUAUAUUUAAAAGAACUGACAACCUAUCGAUAUAUCUGUCAAACAAUAUUUUCGAUUCGAUUCCUAUGAAAAAUAGUGAUUUAUAGUUAUGUCAAAGGAAAUUCACUUAAAAACUAAAAAUAACUGUUGAAAAAUUCUCUUAACUCGAGAGUUUUUCAAAAUUGAUACAAUUAUAUUGACGUAUUGAUAGUGUCAUCGCUAGUUUGUCAGCUCUAAUACACACACGCAACGCUGGCGUUGCCACGUUGUCAGUUAAAGUUAACAGAGCCGUAACAGUCGCUGUAACAUAACAGCCGUGGUCAUAUUGUAAUAUUAACAUUAACAGCUAUUGUAGGGAUUUACUUUUGGGCAUCCCUUAAACCUACUCCUACCCCACCACCCCCCUAGCCACCCUAUUUGUGCCUCUUGCCACCAAAUUUACGUCUAGUUUUUAUGCGUUUUUACUUAAUUUUUAUCAUAUUUGAUUUUAACUUUUGCGUGCUUAUUUCAUUUGUCUCUUAAAUCGUACUAAAUUGUGAUCAAUCUUACUACAUAUAUAUAUGCUUUACUAUAUAUAUACAUAUAUAUAUAUAUAUAUACAAUAUAUUUAUACAACUUAAAUGGAAUGACUUUGACUCUGUUAUAUCAAUGUACUUUUUACAAAACUUAAGAUUGAAACGUACGUAGAGUAAGUUUAAGAUUCACUAAUUUACUGUCUAAACUCAUACGAAAGAAACAAAGAAAAUUAUAGAAAAGAAAUUCAAUUUUAUUCGAUACACUUACAGAAAUUAUACAAACUGUGCUUAAAACUAAUUAUGUUUGAUCUGGAAGUUUAAAAUUUGCUUUUUUCUAAAUGUUAUUCGCAAUUCAAUAUUUUGUAAAUUAAGUAACACUUAUACUCUAUAGUUAAUAAUAUAUACAUUGUAUACACAACAACACGCUAGAGAACGCAUAACGAUUACGAUAAACGAUAACACUUAACUAUGUACAAUGUGUGACUUAUCGAAUCUCUGGACUAUUUUCUAUUUUAAAUAUUCUUUUUUUUUUGUCUGUAGUCUUAGCUUGGGCUGUCAUCGUUGUGUGCGUCUUGAAUUUGAUGCGUUUGCAAACAAGACAAUUAAAAUACAUAAAUACGCAUACAAAAAAAAUAUAUAUAUAUAUAAUAUACAUACUCGUAGAUACACACUUAUACAAAUUUAACUAAAUAUUGUCAUGACAAUUAUAAAGAAUUGUGUUUUUAUUCAA